AUGAGCACUCCCGACCCCGACCCCGACUGCCCCAGCACCCCCACCACCACCGGCACAGAGACGUACCUCAGCGGUGGCUGCCACUGCGGCGCGAACACAUACCAGCUGACUUUGCCAGCGCAACCAUCGCCGCCCUUCCCGCUCGUGGACUUCGACCACUGCACAUCCUGCCGGCGAACCAGCGGGGCGCUGCUACAGGCAUGGAUAAUCCUUCCGCAGAGCUGGGCAGUCUUCCACAUCAGCUCGACGUUCGACCAAUCGCACACUGUGUACGCGUCGUCCGUCGUCACCGCGGGCGCACUGCGGAAGGAGCUGGGCGGCGGCGAGCCGAAGUCGCUGGUGCACUAUGCAAGCUCCCCCGGUGUUUCUAGAGCGUUCUGUGCGCGCUGCGGAACGCAUCUGGUCUAUAGCCGCGUGUAUGAGGAGCGCGAGGCGGGCGAUGGGCCGGAGGGCGAGGGCGACGGGGAGGAUUUUGUGGGCGUUAGUUUGGCGAGUUUGGAUAAGGAUAGCUUGGAGAGGGCGCCGAGGCCGCUGCAGCAUACGUGGUGGGGCGAUGGCGUGCCCUGGCUUAAGGAGAUGAUUGCUAAGGGGUGCGAGGAGGGGGGGAUCGGCGCGAUGGAGAAGUUGGAGGGGUAUCAGUAG